UCAUAAAUGUGUUGUCAUGUUUGACUUUGUGGAUGUGGUAACUAGUGGAAAACCAGGACGAGCGCAUCACCGUGAUGUAUCAUGGGUAAAUUGUGACUGACUGAUGUGCAAAUAAUAUGUAGUAGUUAUUCAUGAUGCACGGUGAUAUAUAGAUCAGAAUCGCCCGUAGUCGGAUACGUUUCAUACAUUUUUACGAAAUAGCUAAUUUUAGCACUGCAUUGGCUUUAAGUCUGGUUGCUAGAGUUUUUUUGUUGACAGGUUAUUAUUUAGAAAAAAAAUGCUAACACAAUUAGCUGUUUUCGGUUUUGAUUUGAUGAUUGCAUCUUUUCCAAAACGGUAUGGAAUGUUAUCAUCUGACUUUUUGCAGGAUGUUACAGAAAAGCGCGGUUAAACAGGCUAUAUUGUAGCAACAACGAGGUGUUGUGAAACAUUGUGUGUCCUUCUCUCUGCUGCUUCAAAUGUCAAAGAACGAUUUGGAAGAUGACAUAUGGGAAUAUAAGCCUCUCAAGAAGAAGAAAAGAAAGGACAAAGAGACACCUGAUACUUUUAAUGGAUCCAUGGCUAAGUACAGACAAGCCUCACAAUGUUUGACCAAAGGAGAAACUUCUGUCCAAGUGAAGAAGUCAGUCAGACAUGUGAAGCUCACCAAAGUAGCUCCAAAUAAAACCCUCGGUGUGAAGGAAAAUGAGUCUAUUCAAAAUAAAGAGGUGGCGCGUAGGACACUUUCAACUCAAAAUAUCGCCUUUCCACAGUCGACACAAGAUGAUGAUAGUACACGUACUGCUGGAGAGAACGUGCACCGGGCAUCUUCCCCUGGAGGAAGUUCCUGUCCGAUCUGUCAGAUGCCAUUCUCUAUAUUGGUGGUGCAAUCGCAAAGAUGGCAUGUCGCAGAAUGUCUUGACAAUCCUGGGGAAGACCGCAAAGAAUGUCCCGAUGGUAUCCAGUGCUACUCCACAAUUCUGAGCCACUACCAGAGAUACAGCCACUCCCUGCUUGCCCACAGCCGAGCAACCAAUGAGGCGCCCUGCCUCAGCUUGGAGCUGGUAACCAAUGGCGGGGCCAAUUUAAGCUUGGAGAGCUCACAGGACAGCCAGAGUUCUUCUCCUAUUAACAGACACAGUGGAGCUACAUCCCGCACAAAGCCAAAUGCCCUUCUGCUGCUCCGGUCUCCUGCUCCAGAGGUAAUCCGAAAAAAAAAAGGCUGGUCACCUUCAACCAAAGUCUUGAAGUCUACGCUCCAAGACAAUAAAACAAAAGUGUCAACCCCCCAUAAGGACAAUAGGGGGAGUGAAGGCCUUGAGGGUGGUUUUGUCAAAGCAGAGCCCUCUGCUUCUAGUGAUGAUGAGAUCUCCUAUUCCCCCAUGUCUGAGUUUCCCCAAGAUAUAGAAGUUAAUGGGACACAACCAAAAAAAGCUCUAUUUCCAAGCAGUAUGUUGGAAGAUGGGGAAAAUAAUGACUCAAUGUUGUUGUUCAGUGAUGGAGUCUCAAGUGAUAAUGAGUUAUUUUCCAACCUUGUGGCUCAUUCUGAAACAAAUGAAGUUGUAGGUUCUCCAGUAUUCAGCGACAGCCAGGUGGUAUCGAUUAGCUCAUUAGUGCAUAGCAAUCACCUACCUAGCUUCUCAAGAGAAGAGCAUACAGAGGAUAACUGUAAUGCCUUCAGUGCUAGGCCUCCACUCCAGUCUCCAAAAAGUAUAGUAUUAGAAAGCUUACGGGAGAGCCUGUUCAGCCCAAGCAGCAAUUGCAGCCUCCAUUCCAAAAGCUUGGAUCAGUGCCCCACUUACACAAACACGGAGUUGAACAUGUCAUUACCUCAAGUGCCUCCAUCUUCCCAAGCUUCCCCCACCCAACAUUCUCAGGCAACCAUGACAACUAGGAAGGGCAAGGCCUCUGGGCUCAAACAGACAGACAUUGGGGUGUUUUUUGGGCUCAAUCAUCUGAAGGACAAAGGGAAGGAGCAAGAGGCUGGGAACGUUUUACCUGGGGUGACUCUCCAUCAGGGACCUGUACUUGAAGAGCGCAAGGGAGGUAAAGAGGACCAUGGAGGACAUCAGAGGAAAGGCAGAAGUGCAAAUGCCACGGUGACCCCUAAAGUUGGAGUGCGAUCAGACGGUGGGAGUACACAGACUCCAAGUGAGGGAGGUAGGAAGAGGUGGAACAGGGGGAGAACCGAUGGAGAGCAAAGGGAGUCCAAGCGAUGCCCGUUUUAUAAAAAGAUUCCAGGCACUAAGUUUGCUGUGGAUGCUUUUCAGUAUGGGCUGGUUGAGGGCAUCACCACUUACUUCCUCACACACUUCCACUCAGACCACUAUGGAGGCCUGAAGAAGAGCUCUACAUUCCAUAUCUACUGUAACAGAAUCACAGGUAACCUGGUGAAGAGUAAGCUGAGGGUGGCUGAGCAGUAUGUCCACAUCCUGCCCAUGAACACCCAGGUCACUGUGGAUGGGUUCAAGGUCACAAUGCUUGACGCCAACCACUGUCCAGGAGCUGCCAUGCUGCUGCUGUUCCUGCCCGAUGGCCAGACUGUGCUUCACACGGGAGACUUUAGAGCUGACCCUUCUAUGGAGGCCUACCACGAGCUGCUGAGCUGCCGAGUCCAGACACUCUACCUGGACACCACCUACUGCAGUCCUGAAUACACCUUCCCCACGCAGCAGGAGGUCAUAAACCUUGCGGCCAACACAGCCUUCAUGUGUGUGACCCUCAACCCUCGCACUCUGGUGGUGUGUGGCUCCUAUUCAGUUGGCAAAGAGAAAGUAUUCUUGGCUCUGGCAGAGGUACUGGGCUCCAAAGUUUGCCUGUCCCGGGACAAGUUCAACACCAUGUGUUGUCUGGAGUCAGAGCGCAUCCGCCAGCUCAUCACCACUGACUGGAAGGCCGCACAGGUCCAUGUGCUACCCAUGAUGCAACUGAACUUCAAAAACCUGCAGGCUCAUCUGAGUAGGUUCUCGAGGCAGUACGACCAGCUGGUGGCCUUCAAGCCCACGGGCUGGACCUUCAGUCAGAGGGUGGAGGCUGUGGAGGAUAUCAAGCCUAUGGUCCAUGGCAACAUCAGCAUCUAUGGCAUCCCCUACAGUGAGCACAGCAGCUACCUGGAGCUGAGGCGUUUUGUCCAGUGGCUGCGUCCCCUCAAGAUUAUCCCCACAGUCAACGUGGGCAGCUGGGCUAGCCGGAAGGCCAUGGAGAGGUGCUUCAGCGAGUGGCUAACAGAGGCUUACGAGGCUAAUAAUAUUAAAGGAAUCUAAAACAGGACCCUUCAGUGUUCAUACACAGUGAAAACAGCAUAUGACACAAUACUUGAGUGUUAGCUAAUUGUUUUUUUCGGAUCCCCAUUAGCUUUUACCAAAGCAGCGGGCUAUUCUUCCUGCGGUCCACACUAAAACACAAGUAACAAAACACUGAUACACAAGAACAGUUAUACAAAUUUAAAAUACAACGAUAUACAAACAAUACAACUAAAGAAUCAUUUGUGGCUAAAUUAUGUUUGUUACAGUGUCUGUGUGUGCCAUGAGAUGUUAUUUUUAUCAAUUAUUUUAAGGUAAUUUUUCUGUUUGUUUGGGUAAUUGGAGAUGGGAGUUCCAUGCAAUCAUGGCUCUGUAUAAUACUGUGCAUUGCCGUGAAUUUGUUUUGGACUUGGGGAGUGUGAAGUGACCCCUGGUGGCAUUUUUUGUGGGGUAUGUAUGGGUGUCUGAGCUGUAUGUUAUUUGAUUAUACAGACAAUCUGGGAUUUUCAUUCCUCAUAAAAACUAGAAGAGAAGCAGUUAAUCUCUUGUCAUCCAGGAAACACUGGCAUGCAUGUUGUUGAUGUUUGUUAGGUAUGUGCAGUUAAGACAUGCAUCUUCACAAAUUUGUCAAGAUUACUUUUCCCGUGAUAACUGAACAUACAAUGUUUUACAGAGUUUAGCUCCCUCAACUUUCUUAUGCACAACUCCAGUUGAGGUUUAUCUCUUAGGCAAUGUUUUGAACCAAAUACAAUGAUUUUAGUUUUAGAUGUAUUUAAGACCAGUUUAUUAUUAAUCACCCAUUCUGAUACUAAUUAGUCCUUAUUUAGAAUUUCAGUCAGCUCACUGGCUUUGGGUGCUGACAUAUAGAGUGUAGAAUCAUCUACCUACAUAGUAAUUCUAGCUUCGCGUAAGACCAGUGGCAAAUCAUUUGUAAAAAUAGAGAAGAGUAACGGCCCAAGGAACUUCCCUGAGGGACACCACACUGUACAUCUCUGUUAUAUUGGAUAAAUAACUCUCCAGGUGAUGUAAAGCCAUAGCAAGUGAAUUUUUUUCAAUAACAAUGUAUGAUCAAUCACAUCAAAGGCUGCACUGAAAUCUAACUUCACAGCUCCAACUAUCAUCUUAUCCAUUUAUUUUAACCAAUCAUCAGUGAUCUGAGUCAGUGCAGUUCAAGUUGAAUGCCCUUCUCCAUAUGCAUGCUGAAAGUCAGUAGUUAAAGAUAUAGCAAAUAGGGGUGACAAUACAGUUUGCUACCAUUCUCAAUAGUUUCACAUCAAGUUUGAUUAUCAUUAUUGAUGGAUAACAAUACAUUUUACAGCUCUCCCACACUAACUUGACCCUUAUUAUUAAAAUAUGAUUAACUGUUCAAUGUUGUCAUUUAACUUCUGAGUUUAUCAACUUAUCAACUUUACUCGUGAAAUAGUAAUUGAAAUGAUUGGCAAUAUCGAAAGGUUUUGUUAUAAGUGACCCAUCAACUUCAAUGAACUAUGAAGUCUAUAAAUAAAAAUUAUUUUUAA